CUAACUAUUAAAGGCUCAAUUACGUCGUGGACGUAACGGCUCCUCGUGAUGGCGACCGUACCGUAGAUGUGCCUAGGUUUGUGAAAAUGAAGCGAAGAAGAACUUAUUUCUUUUGAGUCAAACGCUGAGGUUCCCUUGAAGAGGGCUUUUGGUCUGUAACCAUCAUCUAUAUACGCGGUAAACUUAGCUGUACUUUUAAACUUUUGCGCUUGCGAAAUGAUUAAGCUCAAGUCCAACCAAACCCGGACGUACGAUGGGGACGGCUACAAGAAGCGGGCCGCCUGUCUGUGCUUCAGGAGCGAAUCUGAAGAGGAGGUGCUGUUGGUGAGCAGUAGCCGACAUACCGGCAAGUGGAUAGUUCCUGGAGGAGGAAUGGAGCCCGAAGAGGAGCCCAGUGUUGCUGCAGCUCGAGAAGUGUGCGAAGAGGCCGGCGUGAAGGGGACUUUAGGUCGAUUAAUUGGAAUAUUUGAGAACAAGGAGAGGAAGCACAGAACCUACGUGUAUGUUCUUAUUGUAACGGAGGUGCUGGAAAAGUGGGAGGACUCAGACAAGAUUGGGAGAAAAAGGGAAUGGUUUAAAAUAGAUGAUGCCAAGCGAGUGUUGAUGAGUCACAAGCCUGUGCAGGCCACCUACUUCGGGGCUCUCCAGGAGAGCUGCCUGACCAGUAACGGAACACCACUGGUGACCACGAUAGGUGGGGAACUCUCCCCCACCUACAGCAUCAAUCAGAGCUCUGUCUCAGGAAUCAGAUAACUAAAACCACAACUCUGAAGCCCCCCCCCCCCACCCCCCCGGAGCUUUUGCAACCACUUGCGCUCUUAAUUGUAUCACUUCUCCUUUUCCUCUUCCUUUCUCUGUCUUUUUUUUCCACUCUAUAACAUGGAUUUGCCUUGCCAAUUCCUUUGUGCCAGAACUGUGGCACAGAUCUACAGAGGUGUUGGAUGAAUAGCCUGAAACACUUUGUAAAUGUCAUAUUUAAUCCCUCUUUUAUGUUCUUUUUACUGACAAACUGCAUGAAGUAUCCCAUAAUUUCCAGUUCUUUAUGCACCCUUAGUGCGGUGUUGAUUGAAUGCAAGAAUUACUUUUUACUGUUGUAAUGUAAAUGUGUAUACAUAGUGCUUAAGCUGAAGGCUUUUGAUGGUCUUUUUAAACGUCUUUGCCAUUUUUUGGGUUAUUAUCUGAGAAUGGACGUGGUCGUUAUCGUAACCCACCCCCGAGGAUAGAAAGUGUUAUCUGUAUGUGGACGAGCAGAUUUGUGGGAAGUGUCUUGCAUGAGCACCGUUGUGUUGUAUUGUCUCACUCAAGUGAUCUGAUGCUGACUGUGCAACAGACUAGUGGCGAGGUAUUUUACACCCCCCACCCCCCUGAGUACUUUUGAGUUUCAGCUACAUUUCUCUUUACCUGGGAAGCUAGCGAAGCACUACAGGUUCCACUCUUGAUCCGAGCAUAUACUGUGUAAUGUUCAGAGUGAAGAAUGUCAACAUCUAUGCGUUGCCAGCGCGUUUUUACCUCCUAACAAUCCUUUUUUUGGGGGGUGGGGGAUGUGUUCUUGCGACUACGAAGUCUUCCUCCACACGCUGAGAGUGAAGGAGAUUUAAGAAUCAUGGACUCCUAAAAAGCAGCACAUAUCUCUUAAGUUAUUGAAACCCAAGUCCAUAAAUUAACUCCUCACAUUCAGUUUGGUUGAAAACAGUUGUUUACAUUGUGAUCCUCACAGCACAGAUGACUUGCGGGCGUUUUUUUAUUGUGUUUGUGAUUUUUUUUUUCUUCUGUAGUAUUUCAUCUGCCUCCCCCAGAAACACAGAACAUGUGCUUGACAUUGAAAGUAAAGGAUCUGUAAGGCUGUCUUUGACACGAUGCAGAACAAACAAGCCUUGUACAGUUUUGAGACCUCAUCUUUAACGUGUAAAUUGCUUUUGGAUACUAAUGUUUUCCUUUCUCUUGACGUCUGGCGAGUCUCUAGCUGAGCUGCGUCACGCCGCCUCGGUAAGCCGUGAGGCAGCUGGCUUAAUACUGUGAAACUGGAGGCGCUGUAGAUAGCAUGUAAGAGGUUUUUAUUGUAAAUUGUUUAUUUCUGUAUAGAUCAAAGGCGAGAGUACAAAUGACAAAACACCUCUUACACAUCUGUGAGUGCAACAUGUUAAUUCAGCCGAGGCUGGAAAACCGAUUUACUUCUUUUGUUGGCUUUGGAGCUGUUGGGGAAUUUUCUCUUAAGGUGGAAUACAAAAACAUCUGAGGCUAAAGAAUAAGGGAUGAGGUCGUGGGUGAGGUUUUUGAAGGCCAAGACAAAUUAAUAGCUGCCAGAGAUUCCUCAUUUUCUCUGGUAAAACAGCAAAGUUUCCGAAAUAAAGUCUAGUUUUCACCAUUCAGUCAGAGGAUUUUGAUUUGAAGGGUUUGUCUCGUUAGUCUCAUCUGAAGACAAAUUGAGAAACGCAUUUAGCUUUGUUUGUUGUAACCAAAACAUUUGAUUAUUCGCAUUCUUCGUUGUGCCCUCUUUGAAUAGUUUGACUAUUUUUAGAAUCCCCAAUGUGCUCCCCGGCUGACUGCAUGACUCUGAGAUUGGUCUUCUAAAAGCCACCUGAAAGGUAUUUUAACAAGGAAUCAUGGAUUCCAUAUUUUAAUACCAUCAUAUUAUUUCAUGUGGAAGACUUAUCCCCCUUGAUUUGUCUUUUUCCGGACUUCCUACAACCAUGACGGUUAAAAUCUAAACGUUUUACUAAGUAAAAUACAUUUUUCAUAUAUAGAAAACAAUUUACUAUCGGCAUGUGCAGAAACUAGUAUUUUUAUUUCUAAUGGUGAGAAACCCUCAGAAAAUCCCAAUAAGUGGAUGAAAUGAUGGAGAAAAGGACUGUUUUGGUUUGUUGACACUGAUGAUGACCCAAUGUUUUUUUCUUUAUGGCAGCCCUGUCUCUGUGAUACAGAUCAGAUUAACACAAACUGGCGGAGUCUUUCCCAGUUUGAAACUUUUUAGUGGAAUAAGAAAAUGGUCCUAAAAACAUUUCAUAGUGGGUUUGGUUUCUUCCGAAAAAGAUGGUCUUGAUUAAAGCUUCUUAGUUGGAGAAAGGUAUUUAUUUAUUUUUUAUUAGUAAAUUUAAUCUGAAACUCCAAAGUGUAUUACCUAAUGGUUUAGUCAUGUCAGCCAGCUGGCCCCACCUUGCGGCCAAAGCAGUAGUAUUACACCAGAGGAAAAGGUUUCCUUUAUUGGAUGAAUGGCCACAAAUACUGACAUCUUAAUGAGAAAACCCCUUAAAACAUGCACUUCUAGCUGUGGAUCUCAGCCUUGAAGUUAGACCUGUAAAUGUGUGCUGUUUUUUUUCUGCAUCACUGGAUUUUCUCAUCAUUUGGGAUUGUGGAAUAAAAUAAAACCAGUGUAAGAAGACUAAAGAUUGUAAUAUAAAUGUGCCAACAAAUAAACCAGUAUUUCACAUUUAA